UGCCUUGACUAUUGUUUUUGAAUAACUACAAGUGUUAAUUUUCAUGUCUGUUAUCACAUAUUAUUCAAUAGCGUGCUCCACUGAAACGACUAACGCCAUGUACAAUACAAGCCAUGUAUUGUGGACGAACCUCCUACAAGUAACGUAGCUAAUGAUUACUGUGUAAUAGGACUUUCGCUUUGUUGUCCCUCCACAGAUUCCGUCCAUGGGUAAAGGCGAUGUUGUUCGUGUUGUGAAGCUAUCAAUCUAGCCAAAUAAAAUAAACAAAUUCUGUUGGCGGACGUUUGGGGCACAUGGUGACAUAUUGAACUGUGCAGAUAGCAUUCUCUUGCGAGAAGACGGUGUAUAACGUUGUACAUAGAUUGCUAGCAGACACGGACACAGGCCUAAUCAAUCCACAGUUGCAAAGGAAAGCAAGUGUUGCCUGUCGCCAGCAUGGACUCUUGGAUUCGAUUUAGUGCGCAGAGCCAAGCCAAGGAACGAGUUUUCAGGGCUGCACAGUACACCUGUACGUUGCUAGGUUACACUCUCCAGAAGGGUGGGGCAGGUGUUGAGCUCCUGAAGACAGUGAAACAACUGGAAGCUCAUGUGAGCCUGACAAGGAAGUUGAUGCGUCUAGGGAACUCAGCAGAGGCUGUGGAGGCAGCGAAACGUGCUGUGCACCUCUCGGACAGCGUGUUGCGUCUCUGUCUGACUGUGGCCCACCUCAACAAGGCCAUGUACUUCGCCUGUGACAACGUGCUGUGGGCCGGCAAGGCUGGCCUCCUGCCCCAACUGGACCAGGUCAAGUGGAGCCAGAGAUCCUUCAGGUACUACCUCUUUGCCCUCAUCCUCAACCUAACCCGGGACGCCUACGAGAUCCGCCUGCUUAUGGAGCGUGAGGCCCGCUCCUCCCAUGUGGGGUCAAAGGCUACCUGGACCUCUUCUCCUCCCUCUCCACACCCCUCUUCGCUCACCCCCGAGAACGUCGACCUCUCCGACCCCUCUUCCCUUCCCGGAGCCAUAUUACCUGUACGCCUCCGCAGACAGUGCCACCUGCUGGUGACAGUGCUGCGCAGCAACCCACCGCUGCUGCUGGACCUGCUGAAGAACGCGUGUGACGUGUUCAUCCCCCUGGACCGGCUGGGCAUCUACCCCACCGGCCAGGGCUUCGUGGGGGCCUGUGGCCUGGCCUCUUCGGUCCUCUCCAUCCUCACCAUCGUCCACCCCUGGCUCAAGCUCAAACCUUGAAGAAGCCAGAAUAUUUGGUUGAACGUUCGAGCUCGAGUCGAACAUUCUUCAAGCCUUGAAGGAGACAUUUUGGCCAAACUUUUUAGGUCCCCUAGAAGUGAAGAAGUGCUGUUGUGUCGAGGAAUGCAGCAUGACACAAGAGCAGGGGUCCUGUACACUGCUUGCUUGGAAAGUUUUGCGUUUUUUUAUUUGGAAUGCCAGCAUUUUGGGCAGAUCACGCUCGGACGAAGGUUGGUGGACUGAAACAGUGGCAUUUCGAAUCAAAGAGAGAAAAUGUGCAAAUGAGCGCUGUAAUCGAAAUCUGUCUUAUGUAUUUCAGCUCGUGCUCAGACAUGUUCAAACACAAAGUUCCCCAAAAGCCAUUUGGUUGAGGUGUUGAAAAGGACCUUCCCCAUGCGAGUGUAUAGAACCGGCGCAUGGAAAAUUGUUGAAUCAGACCGGUAGACGUUUAAACACCUUGAAGCACCGUACAUCACAACUGAUGGGCUUUGUGAAGUGAUACCUAGCACAAAGAAUACCAGAUCGUCAUUCAAUUGUGUGUGUCUGAACACAAUCUGCGGGGAGCACAUUUUUAUCACCUUAAAUCAGCGUUUUAAAUUAAUCCUGAUCUCCAGUUAGGAGACAAUUCCAUGUCCAUAUAGUGUCUCUGUCCUGUUAGAGUUAUAAAUUAUGUAAUUGGAAAAGAUUAUCUGUACAGUAUUGGUUUUGGAAAUGCGCCAAUGUCAUCACCGUGGAACGCUGUACAGCUAGAUAAGUGGAAACGUUUACCAAGUUAAAACCAUCACACAUUAAAGCCUUGUCAAUGAAAAGGUGCAGUGAAAUAUUUGAUCAUACUGUGUGUGAAUAAGUAAUAAUAAUGACUUUUGAAGUGAAGGAUCCUUUUUAUAAACGGUAGAAGGGGACAUUUAUGGGCUGCCAGUCAGCUGUAUUUUUGUGCUGAUAGUGGUAAUACUGUAUGUCCGCAAUAUUACCAACAUUUAUGCAUGCGUGACGUGAAUUAGUAUGUUUACAGAGCCAGAAAAAUGAAAGCAAAUGAUUCGGUCAACUCGGGCAUCUAAUGAUUCGGUCAACUCGGGCAUCUAAUGAUUCGGUCAACUCGGGCAUCUAAUGAUUCGGUCAACUCGGGCAUCAAAUGAUUCGGUCAACUUGGGCAUCAAAUGAUUCGGUCAACUUGGGCAUCAAAUGAUUCGGUCAACUCGGGCAUCUAAUGAUUCGGUCAACUCGGGCAUCAAAUGAUUCGGUCAACUUGGGCAUCAAAUGAUUCGGUCAACUCGGGCAUCUAAUGAUUCUGUCCGUUUAACUCGUUGAAUUGACCCGACAGCUGUAUAACUCAAUUACAUCAAUAGUAUAUAUUAAGGCCAAGCCAUUUGAAGCUAUUCAACCAGAUGUGAAUGGAACUAUAAUAGAUAUGUAAGUGUACUCAGCUGUUGACACAGCAGUGGCGUAAAGCCAGUCUAACUUUCAAACAGCUCUUUUUUUUUUUAAACCUUUGACUUUCUCCUUUAUAUACAGUGCUUUAAGAAAGUAUUCAUACCCCGUGUCUCACCCAUCUACAUGCAAUACCCCAUAAUGACAAAGUGAAAACAUGUUAAAUUUGCUAAAUUAUUGAAAUAUCUAAUUUACAUAGGUAUUCACACCCCUGAGUCAAUACUUUGUAGAAGCACCUUUGGCAGCGAUUACAGCUGUGAGUCUUUCUGGGUAAGUCUCUUAAGAGCUUUCCACACCUGGAUUAUGCAACAUUUGUUCAUUGUUUUUUUCUAACUUCUUCAAGCUCUGUCAAAUUGGUUGUUGAUCAUUGCUAGACAACCAUUUUCAGGUCUUGCCAUAGAUUUUCAAGUAGAUUUAAGUCAAAACUGUAACUCGGCCACUCAGGAACAUUCACUGUCUUCUUGGUAAUGCUAUUCCAGUGUAGAUUUGUCUUGUGUUUUAGGUUACUGUUGUGCUGGUGGAAGGCAGACUGAACCAGGUUUCCUUCCUCUCCGGCAACUGCGCUAGGAAGGACGCCUGUAUCUUUGUAGUGACUGGUUGUGUUGAUAUACCAUCUAAAGGGUAAUUAAUAACGUCACCAUUCUUAAAGGGAUAUUCAAUGUCUGCUUUUUUUUUUACACCCAUCAACCAAAGGUGCCCUUCUUUGCAAGGCAUUGUAAAACUUCCCUGGUCUUUGUGUUUGAAUCUGUGUUUGUAAAUCAUUGCUCGACUGAGGGACCUUACAGAUAAUUGUAUGUGUGGGGUACAGAGAUAUAGUCAUUCAAAAUUCAUGUUAAACACUAAUAUUCCACACAAAGUGAGUCCAUGCAACUUAUGUGCACAUUUUUACUCCUGAACUUUAGGCUUGCCAUAACAAAGGGAUUGAAUACUUAUUGACUCAAGACAUUUCAGCUUUUUCUUUUUUAUGAAUUUGUAGUGACAGAAAAAAAUCUCAAUUUAAUCAAUUGACAAAAUCUCAAUUUGAUCAAAGGCUGCAACACAACAAAAUGUGGAAGAAUCUCCAGGGGUGUGUGAACUUUCUGUUACAGGGCAACCAGAGAAUUGUGCACUUAGUCAGUGUGCCGUUUGGUCUCGUCGUACUCAUUCUCCUUGACACACUAAUUGUGGACAUGAUUUCUGGUUUAAUCUCAUUUUACACUACUUUGAGAGCCCUGAAUCACACUGUAGAGGUGUGACUGUCGAUUAUUCACGCUCAAAUGGCAGACUGCAUAAUGAUGUAUGGUUUUGAAAAUAACAUUUGAACAGUUUUGAUGAGAAUUGUGGAGCGGGUUGUUACAACUAUUUUCCUCAGUGAGUGAGGAUGUUUGAAAUCUUGUCUUUUAUAUUAAUGUACCACAAGUGCUGAGGCUUGGCCGCUGUGUGGAGAAAAUGUUUUCCCAAAAUAAAUGCCUUUUAAUU